AUGACCUGGACUUCAAGCUUGUCUCAGACCUUAUCCACUGAUCUGGGUGCUCUCGGGCACGCUGCUCAAGGGCUUCCGGCUUGCGUUGCUGGUUCUACAUAUGUUCAAGGCGCUGAAUUGUGGGAGCGACUUGCGGCUGAUUCCAAGCCGACGGCUGGCCUUCUGAACGCUCAUUGGAGCAGGUUCCCAGAGAGACUGCAGACAGAAAGGAUCAUAUGCUUGUACUGCAACGGCAAGGCCAACCGCACCAGUCUGCCCCUGCUCACAGGCCCCUCCUACACAAUUCUGAACGGGAGUCAAGCAGCAAUCUUUUGA